CCAGCGAAUCGCUCUUUAGUCGAGAGCAGAACGCGUUUCGAAAUGGACACGGAUGAGACAAAGGCUGGAACCUCGGGUCCAAGGACGUACCACGAUGAGGUCGACUUCACCAGCGGAUACGAGACCCAGUAUCAGAAGGAGUAUAGACCGCUUAAACCGAUCUUUGUACCGCCCCCGGAUAAAAAGCACGCCUGGUUUCGCAACUGGUCCACCAUCCUGAUGGUCAGCUUCCUGUCCGGGGUGUUUAUCCUGGGAACCGUGAUGCUGGUGGUCCAAGUUUUCACCGCCAGUCCCCUGCAGAUCUUCAUGAUCGUGGCCAUAUAUGUGGCUAUAGCAGCUGUGAUGAUUUGGCUGGAGGUGCAGUCCAUAAAAGUGCGGUGAAAUAAUAUGAACGUGUCGUGACUAAUUUAGAGCGUUAUCGCACUUACGAGCUACGUUCUGUUUUCAAGCGGUGGCAAUCAAACGGUGUUGUGCAAACAAAUGCAAAGCUUAACUAAAAAGGAAGCGGCUUUACUGAUUAGGCGCUAAGAACAAAAAAUAAUGAUUUAUAAUAAGUACAAAGUAAAGAAAGAAAUCCCAAAA